UUGGGUGCUGACGCGAACGGCACAGCCCAGCCCCUGCUAUAAUGUGAGGGGGAAAAGUCCACACGCAAGGAAACAGGCUGCAGAGUGGAUGAGCGGCGCCGGAGCGCAGACGCAUCAGGUGCGCACAAGGACGGACUCCAAGGCGCGCAGCGGACACUGAUGCAUGCCGUACAGAGCAAUAUAUAGCUUUGUUUUACGCGUAUUAUUGAUGUGAUGUGUAAGAAUAAAACGAGGGAUUUGCCGAAACCGUAAGAUAAAGAGAACAGUGUCUACAGGAGCGCUCGUGGAGACGCACCAGACCACAAACCCGUGCGCUUAAAACUGUCAUGAAGCAGUAGCAGCAGCAGCAGCAGGACGCAGACCUCCCAUAAGGUCAUUUUUUAUAACGUUUCAAGCUCAUCUAAAGUGGGAAAAAUUAAUCAUGAACUUAUCGGAGUCUGUUUGGCUCUGGGAAGAGCCGUGGAACCUCAGCAGAGCAGAGGAGGAAGAUGACCAGAAACUUUUAUUCGGGAUCGGCACGGAUAAUUUCAUCACGCUGCUGGUUUUCGGGCUCAUCUUUACGCUCGGCGUGCUGGGCAACUCCAUGGUGAUCACCGUGCUGGCCCGGAGCAAACCGGGGAAACCACGGAGCACCACCAACAUAUUCAUCCUCAACCUGAGCAUAGCAGACCUGUCCUACCUGCUCUUCUGCAUCCCUUUCCAGUCCACCAUCUACAUGAUGCCGACGUGGGUUCUGGGCGCCUUCAUUUGCAAAUUCAUCCACUAUUUCUUCACCGUGUCCAUGCUGGUGAGCAUCUUCACUCUGUCUGCCAUGUCCGUGGACCGGUACAUUGCCAUCGUGCACUCCAGAAAGUCCUCUUCUAUCCGGGUGGCGAAGCAUGCCUUGAUCGGGGUGGUGGUGAUUUGGAUACUCUCUCUGGCCAUGGCUGCGCCCGUCAUGUAUUACCAGAAUAUUUUUCACAGAGGGGAGAAUCACACCUUCUGCUGGGAAGUGUGGCCAGAUCAAAACCAGAAGAAAAUCUAUGUCGUUUGCACGUUUGUUUUUGGUUAUGUGUUGCCCCUGCUGCUGAUUUCCUUCUGCUAUGCAAAGGUUUUAAAUCACUUGCACAAAAAGCUAAGAAAUAUGUCCAAAAAGUCAGAGGCAUCAAAGAAAAAGACAGCUCAGACGGUCCUGGUGGUGGUAGUGGUGUUCUGCCUCUCUUGGCUCCCUCAUCACGUUGUACACCUGUGGGUGGAAUUUGGGACCUUCCCGCUGAACCAGGCCUCCUUCGUGUUACGGGUGGCUGCUCACUGCCUGGCGUACAGCAACUCAUCUGUCAACCCGGUCAUCUACGCCUUCCUGUCGGAGAACUUCAGAAAAGCUUACAAGCAGGUGUUCAAAUGCCAGAUCGGCACCAGUGACUCCCCGCUCAACGACAUCAAGGACAUCCGCAGCAAAGCGGACACUCCACCCUCGACUAACUGCACCAACGUCUGAUUGUGGUGUGGAUGGUGACAUGAAAAUGAAUUACGGCUACUGUCACACUGAAACUCAAUGUAAAGUCAAAGUGACAGAGCCAUCAGACAUGAGUGGGUACGUGGGUUUUUUUUGAUGUAGGUAAGUAUGGUUGCUUGGAUAUUGCUACAGCUGCACUGUUCCACAUAAGCGCUGUUCAUUAAGGACCAGAGGAGAUAAAGCCACUGUGUCUGCAGGGCAUCAUUACUCCCUCUUUGAUCAGUCUCUGUCUCCCUCUUUCAUCAUAAAAACCUGUGGAGUCUGAAACUCAGGAAGAUGAUCCUCUCUAAAGUGAAACUCAUUUUGACUGUAGACAGUAUGUCACAUCAGAGUAUAUUUACAAGACAACGCAUUAAAGAUCAGAGGUCAUUUUACUUACAGACCUCAGAAGUAUUCAAAUUGGUAGACCUUUUUCAAGAUCAUUAUUGCAUUGUAUUUAGUCACAGCAUUAUCACCUGCUGAAGUAAAACUGUUGUUUGAAUGUGUCGUUGGUGGUUGGUGGGAUGUGCGUUCAGUUUGGUUAACCUGAUGUAGGGGCUGGAGGCAGCAAGUCUCUAUGGAAAGAGAAGAAAUGCAGCUCCUGGUAACUCCAAAAUAGUCGUAAAUGUACAUGUAAUGAAUUCAGGCGAUUAACAUGUGGUGAAGACCAUACAGCUGAAUACUGCUAUCCAUUUCAGAGUUGGAGGGUGUGUGAGCGGGACCCUGGAAACCGGUUUCACAAAGAUGGACUCUUACUAAUGGUUAGACCUCAGAUAGAUUUCUAAAUUAAUCCAUUGCACAAAGCUGUCUGACUAUUUGAAAGAUGACUAAAUUGCCAAAAACUCUGGGUAAAUUAAAACUUUUUUCAAACUAAAAAAUAUGACUGACUGAGCCACCACAUCCAUCUGCUCUGCUCCCCUCACUUCAGCAGAACAUUUUUGCCCUAACGGAGAAAUUCAGCAGAGGCAAGGACAUUUUACUGGGUAAUUAAGUCAGUUUGUAAUACAGAAAAUUCGAGUGGCCUGAAAUCUGAUCACACUGCACAAUAGUGUAGCAAGGGAACUGCUUAAUACUUUUGCUGACUCAUCCUUCAGGCCCAGGAUGGUUUCCUUGGGCAAACAUAAAUGACUGAUGAUGUCUUCACUAAGUACAUUUCCGAUAGAUUACUGUGGUCUCAAAAAACUCUGCCCCCUUGUCAUUGCUCACUCCACAGCAUUGUUAGCAGAAUACAGAUCAUGAGCCAUGUAUUUGUUUUUUUGACAGUGGUUGCCAUUGGUCAGGUGUCACUGAUUGCUACCAUGGAAACCUGUGGCCAGUUGCACAAAACACCUUAAGAUUUUCCUUACAGUCCUUGUUAAAGUUUCCUCAAAAUAAAUCUUCUUCUUAAUGUUUGCUUAAAAUGUUCACUUCAGUAUUCAGUUCACUUCAGUAUUUUAUCCUUGUCUUUGUCUUAUACUUCUUUAUCUUUAGACCAUUGCACAAAGGCGUUAGGGACCUCUGUAUGUCUUAAGUGCAACAUGACCAAACUUCUGGUGAUAGAUGAAAAAAAAAAAAACUAACACACCCUGAGAGGGGUGUUCUGCGACCAGGAGAACCCAAUGAUACACUUUUGAUUUUACACUUCAGCUGUAGUUUAUUCCAACAAUCGUUUUCUGUUUUCUGGUAUUUGGGGAUCAAAUUUACUUUGUAGGUUUUGCUUUCUGUGAUUGUAUUCCUCCAGAACUAUAAUCUUUUCCUCCUCUGACCAAUAUGGUUUUCUUGUCUUCUUUCCUUCUGCCAUUUUUUGAGAUGAUAACAGGCAUCACAAGCAUGAGUCCAAGCAAACAAACAAUCUCCAUGGAAACUUUUACCACUGUAAGAUUUCUUUGAACACAGUAAAUGAGUUAACGUUUUUCCUUAAUUAAGGGAUUCUGUGCAACUGUAUAAGUCCCUCAGCUAAGGAGAAAUUAAGCAUUAAGUGUUAUACUUAAAGAGAAAACUUAAGGUGUUUUAUGCAACCGGUCCCUGGCUCUUAAGGCAUAUCCACAUUAUUGUGGAAAAACUGCAUUUGCACACGCCUUCGCAAGUAUUGUGUAUGUGGUGUGUUGUAACAAAUUGGCUGACCUUUUGUGGGCGUAGCCAAUCGCUGUCAACCAUUGUUUGAACUGAAAGGUGUAUGAAAUACAAAUCAAUUGUGUUUCUGAAUUUGCAUAACUGUAUGUGUCAUAGCAAAUUAGCCUCAUAUUGAGACAAGACUAGACUCACAAGUCAGUGUUUAGACGUUUUGCUUAACUAAAGACUGAUGACUUUCUCCCUGAUUUUGUGUUUAGAUGGGCGGAUACAAUUUCAGAGUUUAAAAAAACUCCCUAUGUUGCAGAACCAAUAGUAAAUCCGCAGGGCGGUCCUUCGGUGGCUCGCUGAACUCUCGUGCUCGUAAACAUAGUCCGACUAGAAACACGUAUAGCAGUACAAAAUGGCUCAAGUCACUGUAAGUCCUUAAUUUCCACAAUCUUGUGGACUGAGCACACGUUUGAUAAAACGGAGUUAAAUCUCUCGGCAUCCAUUUUCAAGCUCUCUGUGUGUUUGUUUCCUUGCGGACGAGAAAAGGGGGAGCGCACAUUUCCGGGAGAGCGUGUCCUUUUCAAAAAUGCAAGAGGCGUUGCUUUGUUGCCGGCCGUUUUCGCCGGUGUGUUAAACACACUUUAGAAAGGAGUGUCCCCAGACUAUCAGAAGGCGGAGAUCUCUGAUUGUCUGGUGGCGAGACUAAGACCAGACAAAAAUAUAUUCUCUAAAAUGUAGGUAUCUAAGGCUAGCAACGUUAGCAAUUUAGCUAAGGUUGCACCAUUUAGUACAACAUCCAUAGUUCUGGAGUAGUAAAUAGCCAUUGCACUGCUGUUGACCCUUGUUUUUCCACCGUAAUGUGAAUACACUGUUAGUUCUGUUGGCCUCAGGAUAAGGCAGGUCAUUCACAAGUUUUAAAUAAGUCAGUCUUUAUUUAUGUCAAACUUCUAAUUCACAAUAGACUAAUCUUAGAACAAAAUUACAGCUUGAUUAACAGUACAAGUAAUGUCUUUGUGAAACCAACUUCUGGGGUGCAGAAUACAGCCAUGGUACCUCCACAUUAUAGUCUGGCCCCUUGUUGAACGGCUACAACUUGCUCCUAUUUCUUCACGUUAAUGACAGGAGACGCCAUGUGUGUGGACUGUGGAGUGUUUUUUGAGUUGUUGGAGCUGGGCUUAAUAUUGAAAAGAAUGUAAAGACUAACUGCUGACGAAAGGUCGCCACUGUAGAUAACAAAAAACUACCAUUGUCAUUGAACUGUGUGAUUAAAGCCUGUAUUUUGUAAAUAUUCAGACACUGGAGCUGAUAUUCACAUCUGCCUGUAAAAGUCUCACUCUAUUGUAUUUGGCUGUUAUGCUGUGUUAACAGUCCUCAGAUUGUGUUGUGCUGUAUAACUGAGCCCGGCUGUUGGACAUAUGCAGCUUGACGCUUGUUUUGCACGUUUUCUGGUAGCCAUCUUUCGAACCAUUACAACAAUCAAAUGAAGACUUCUGAUGUUGUAUGCUAUAUGUAUGUGAUGUGCCAUGCCUCCACGCAGCAGCUUUAUACCUCAAUAUAACAAGAUCAUGAAACUUAAACAAUACGAGACCUUUAACUUGGACCUACAGUAUCACACCAUUUUGUAUGUACAUCUCUGGAAGUUGUGGACUUUAAAGAACAUGUCACAUCCAUUAUUGACUUUUAUCUGAAAAAGGAUCCUGAGCUCAGUUCAGUGUGGAUUCUCAGCCUGCAACAGUGAGUCUUGGAGGGGAGCGAGUCUGCUACAGCUGAUGAUGACUGAUUACCACUAACUUCAUCCAGACAGAAGGAACCAAUCAGUGUAAUACUCUCAUCUUCUCUGUCAGCGAGGAUCUCGGAUGUGACAUUCAAGGAAUAUUACGAGAGAGCGGAGGAUAUGCAGCUAAUGACUUUGCUCACUGCAGCACUGACUGUACAGAUGGUGAUGCUCAUUUAUGCCUGCACAGGACUGAGGAUGUUUUUUUGAAAUGGGACGUGUGCAUGGAAAUGUUACCCAGGUGCUGCGAGAUGAUGAUGAUUGAUGACAUUAUGGUGGACACAUGAGACACAUGUGAAUUGAUGGAAUUUCUGUGGCAGAUGAUACAGAUGUGGAAAAUAGAGUGUUGUUUCCUUCAAAAUACCCAUAUAAAGAGCACAUGAACAAAAUAAGAUUUUGUCAGCAGGAGAUGCAUUGUUUAAAUUUGUAACACUACAUUACUGCCUGCAAAUUAUACAGUGUAAUUAUUUAGUAUAUAAGGAGUAUCAGUAUAAUUUUUACUGCAUACCUGCACUGAGGCACAUACAGUAUAGGACACAACUUUGUGUUUGAAAGAGAGUUAGAAAUAAAUUACACUGCAAAUAUUUAUUUUAUUAGAACUGAUUUAAUAAUUACAGAGCACAGUAAUUUAUUACUGAGUAACAAGGCAGGAAAAAUGGGGAGGGUGAUCGAUAUUCCAACAAAAUGAGUCUCGGCACCAUUUAUUUUAAAACUAUAAUAUAUUAACAAAACAUGCUUACAAGGAGUGAGUUACAAUGAGGGGGGAAUUAUAAUAUAAAAACUCCAUUCAUUAUUAUGUUGUUGGUGUGCCUCUGUAGCUGUAGCUAUGAAAUAGAUAUGUCUGUGUUUUUAAAAUGAUAAUAAAAUACAGAGAAACAUUUAUAUAGUUUUUGGCCACAGUGUGAGAACUACCUGACAAUCAAAAAUUGAUGUUAGAGGAGAACCAAGAUCAGCUUUUAUGUCCCAUCAUAUCACACAAUAGAAAAUUGAGGAUAUAAUACAUGUACUUUGACCCUAAAACAAACUGUGCUCAAGUUAAUUGAGAAUUCAUAAAUAAAACAAAUGGCAUGUCAAGAUUUUAUCACAAAAACAGAACAGGGAAAAACAUGCAUGGGGAAUUCCUGCUGAGGUCAUGGCCAUUACAUUACAGUAGCAGUAUGCUGGGCUGCAUCGAAUUAAAGCACUGAAAAUGUGAGAGAAAGCUCCUUUUAAGUCUGAGAUAUGCAGGUUGUAAAAUAAAGCAAUUUCUAUAACCAUUUUUCAAGUCAAUUCCAAAAUAAUUAGUGGAUAUAAGCGCUGUUAAAUGAAGCAUUAAUUAUUCCAGCAUAAUUACACAGUGCUGUCUGUCACCCCAAUCAAUAGUGUUAAAUAGGAAACAAAAUACAGUUGAAACAGAUGUUGAAGUGUACAGUAGAAUUUACUAUUUGGUAUGCUGUAUGAAAAAAAAAUGAACACUGUAAUUUGUGGGCUGUAUUCUAAAGUGUUACCUUUAAUUUUGCAUUUUCCAGUUUUAGUGCAAACAAAGUGAAAAUGCUUCUCAUUAAAUGAAAGAGUUUGUUAUGCUCUUUCUUCGUGGAUGUUUCAUAAAGAGAUUCACAUUUGUUUUUUAAGUUUUAUUUAUUUAUUCAUUCAAAUUAGAUGAUACUGGUUGUGCAGCUUUUGAGUGCUUUGUGUGUUUUACUGAGGGAUCCUGGUGUGUCUUUUCAACCUUGUUUCUUGUAUUAAUGCAGCCAUGCCGUUUACUUCAAACAAUUUAUCAGAGUAGGAAAAAAAAUGAUAUUUUCUUGUCUGUUUAACUUUCUGUGCUUGAAAAUGCAACAUGUGAGAAACAGCUAAGGCUUUCUGAAGUACUCGAUAUCUGGAUGGUAUUUUGAAUUAUGUCCAGGCUUUUGAUUGUGUCUUU